GCAAAGACGGAAAAAGCAAAUUCGGACCGUGCUACGGUGGCAUCGCUAGGAUUCACAAUGCUGUGCGACGGCUGAAGGCAGCUGCCCAAAAUCCUCUCUUUCUCAAUGCCGGAGACUUUUACCAAGGAACGUUAUGGUACUCUAUUCUUAAACAUGAAAUUGUGUCGGCAGCAAUGUCAAAAAUGUUGUACAACGUGGUGUGUCUCGGCAACCACGAAUUCGACGAUGGACCAGAAGGACUGGCGCCAUUUCUUUGGAAAAUGAAACAAGCGCAUGUAACUGUACUGGGAACAAACCUGGACUAUUCUGAUGAACCUCUAUUCAGAAAUAUUACACUGCCAAAGUCCAUUGUGUACACCAUUGCAGGACUUCAGGUGGCUUUGCUGGGUGUGGUUACUACGGAAACGCUCACAAUCGCCAGACCAGGUCGUAUCCGGAUACUGCCCGAAGUUAAGUCAAUUAACGACGAAAUUGAACGCCUAAAGCAACAAGGUGUCAAAACAUUUUUUCUCAUUAGUCACGUUGGCUACGACGUUGACAGAACAAUAGCGAAAGAGUGUCCUGACCUCGAUCUUAUUGUCGGUGGACACACGAACACCCUGCUUUAUACAGGAGUGCCUCCAGUCGGUGGUAAAGCAGAAGGGCCGUACCCUUACGUACACAAGCGGUCAGACGGAAGCUCUUGUCUUAUUGUACAAGCAUACCGAUAUGGAACUUACCUUGGAUUUCUCCAGCUGGGAAUAGAUCACCAAGGCAAGAUAAUCCGGUGGUCGGGUAACCCAAUCUUGCUCUCACAAGGGGUACCUCAAGAUCAGGAAAUUCUGGACAAGUUGAAGCCAUACAAAGAAAGAGUUCAGGCAGCAGUGCAAAAAACUGUGGGCUCCACAAAAGUACUCUUGGAGGCAGACGGAAAACUUUGUCGUUACAAAGAAUGCAAUUCAGCGAACCUUAUGGCCGAUGCUUUCCUAGACUACUACGCGAACAGGAACAGCCCUGUGCCUGGAGCCUGGUCUAUUAUCAACGCCGCUAUCAUCAAUGGAGGCAGCGUGAAGAGCUCAAUCACACAGAAAUCAAACGUCGUACUGGGCGACCUUGUGAGUGCCAUGCCAUACGACAAUGAGCUGGUCCUCCUGAAUAUCACGGGACAACAUUUGUUGGAAAUGUUUGAGCACGGUGUUAGUAACUUCACUUGGCACCCUGACUUGAAUGGAAGAUUUCUUCAAGUAUCAGGCGUGAGGGUCGUCUACAACUUUCACUUUCCAAAUGGGCAUCGGGUUGUGUCGUUGAAGAUCCUGUGUGCAAACUGCAGCGUGCCUGAGUACGAAGAAGUCAGAAAGGAAAAGAUGUACCGCAUCGUGACCACAGCGUUUAUCGUAAAUGGAGGUGAUGGAUUUCAGUUCAGUGAAACUGUUGCUAAGCACACAGAAGGUAUCAGUGCAUUCGAUGUAUUCACAAACUACUUCACCAAGAUUUCACCUAUCAAAACACCACAGGAGGGUCGUGUCAUUGUACGAAACCUUCCACCGAGGGUCGAAAUUGGAGCCACAAUAGGUCCACGGCCUUCAUAUUUUAGAAACUUGUUUCCUCUCCGUAGACUGAACCGAAAAUAAAGAAAUUUCGAAAAAUAAUAAA